GAAGGAAAAAAUCAUUUGUGAUGGAAUCAUAGAGAAAAAAUAAAUUUAUUUCUUUAUGCAUUAAAAUUGGUCAAAAAACGUCCAAAAUGACAUCAAACGCAACAAAACUUAAAAACGCAUAAAAGUAUAGUGAAUUGUGGUGACAAAAUUUGUUGUGAAAUAGCUUUAAAUUGAUUUUAAAAAGUUCAGUUCGCCAUUGUUAUUAUGAUUCUCCUUUUCUUUUCGAGACAGUGAAUUUCUCAAAUUCCAUCAUUGCACUUAUGGAUGCAUGUUGGCUACAGUGAGAAACGCUUAAAUCAAAUGCAAUAAGAACGUGUAACAAAUAAAUGUUUUCAUGCGCGAAUCAAUUCCACACCAUUGUGUGAACAAUAAUGUGCAAAAAUCAAUUAAAUUAAAUUUUUUUCUUUGACGUUCACAAAAGUCGUCACUAAAGAAACACAACACAAUAAAAAUAAACCUUUUAAUAGAAAAGGAAGAAAAAAAGCACCGAUUUUGAUUGUAAAAAUAAUAGAAAACAGUUUGAGUGAGUGGAAGUUUGUAGUGUUCUUAGAGAGGACAAAUCAAGUUCCAGACGUCCACAAUCAAACUAGGAGAUAUCGAUAUUAAUUAGAAAGAAAUGAUUCCAUCAGACAAGAUAAAUUUACGCUUGAUUUUAGUCAGCGGAAAGACUAAAGAAUUUCUCUUCAGUCCCUCGGAUUCAGCUGGUGAAAUAGCAAAAAUUGUCUUCGAACAAUGGCCCGAAGAUUGGGAGUCCGAAGCAGUUGAUAAAGCAGAAAUUUUGAGACUUAUCUAUCAAGGCCGUUUCUUACACUGCAAUGUUACUUUAGGCGCUCUGGGACUUCCACUAGGGAAAACAACCGUGAUGCAUUUGGUUCCACGUGAUAAUCUACCCGAACCUAAUUCUCAAGACCAGCGACAGAAAAGUAAAGGAGGUUCCAGCAGUUGCUGUUCGAGGCAUUGUUGCAUAUUGUAACCAACUCACAACGGAAUUAGCAUCAACAAUAUAUACAAAAAAAGAAAACAAAAAACAAAAACCAACCGAAAACUUCUUUUUUUCCCUUUCGUCUUUCAAAUCUGAUUGCGUGUGUUGACUACUCCAAACGAUUAAUUGACUUUAAUCUAUUUACUUUCACGAGCAUAAGUAAGCAAAGCAAAGCAUAUAUUUAUGAAAAAAAAAGAAGAAAAAAUUACAAAAAACAAACAAAAAUAAUAUGAAAAUAGUUCUUGCUAUCGAUGACUACAAAUUAAAUGAAGUUCUUUUAAAUGAUCAAUUUUAUUUCACUGCAAAAAAAAGAUGAGAUAACGUUUGGAUAGAAACAUGAUAAGAUUUAUGAAAGUAAGCCCACAGUAAUGUAUAGCAAAAAUGGAAUAGAAAUGAAUGAUGUCAACGGAAGAUGAAAAGGAAAAAAGCUUAGUAACUUUUUUUUUCGUAGAAGUUAGUAUUAUUGAUUAAAAGAAAAAAUGCAAAUGAUGUAAACUAAUAAUCGGUAAUGAAUGGAUCUUUUAGAAUGGAAAGGAAUGAUAGUUAAUUAAUGAAUUAUUUAGGUUUAAUUUAACUGAAAUUUAAAAAUCUUCAGUCACUCGACGAUUUUAUUAAUUAAACAAAUCAAGUGACAUCGGGAGCUGUCACUUAAUUUUGUUUUUCUUUGUCUCAUCAGCUCCUCUACUGCUAUGUUUAUUUUUUUUUCUUUAAAUAACAUUCGAUUGAAUCGAGUUUUGCAGAAAAAAAUGAUAAAAAAUUAAUCGCACGCAGUGACUGACCGUGGAUAGAAUGAUGCGUAGUGUAUUAAGAAAUAUGUACUUGUAAGUGAGAUAAAUCAAUAAAAUUACUAAUUGUAUAUUUUUUAUUUUUUAAAAAAUGAGAUAAAAAAGAGAAAAAUCAUUGAGUUGAUCCAGAAUGAUGAAAGAAAAAUCAUAAUCUAUAUUUUUUCCUCUUCGUUUCAAUAGCUUUAUUUAGACUAUUUACUGUAAUUGUUGUUAAACUAGUAAUGAUGAAAUAAUAAAAUAUCAGAAAAAUAUGUAUUAAAUUUAAA